CUCGCGGGCAGCAAGAGGGCCUUUGACGCUAUCUCCCCGGGAUCAGUCAGCAAGCCGGGCAGCGCUGCAAGAGCGUUCCAGAGAGUGAAGGUGGAGGAGGUGCAAUUCAAAGAUCCCCGGCUCAUGGAUAACUCAUACUGGGCCAAGAGCGGGGCGGGCAGUGGAUGGGGUGCCAAGGCGCAGGAGGUGCUGGGCCAAGUCAGGGGCAG